GGGCAGUUCCGGCGCUUCCGGCUGGGCGAGGAAGAGGCGGGAGGGGGGAAGGAGGAAGGGAAAGGAAAGGAAGGGAAAGGAAGGGAAGGGAAAGGAAAGAGGGGAGGACGGAAGGAAGGACGGAAGGAAGGAAGAAGGAGCUGCUGCUGCUGCUGCUGCUGCUGAGGCGGCCGCGCACGGACCGGCGGGACCCGCCUCGGGAGAUCCUGCGCGGCUCCCGCCGGGGCCGCCAGCCAUGCGCACGGCGGGAUGAAGCUGCAGGCGGUGGUGGAGCAGCUGCAGAAGCAGCAGCAGCAGCAGCAGCAGCAACAUCAGCAGCAGCCAGCGGUGCCCAUGGAUUGCCGGGAGCGCCGCCGGGAGCCGCAGGUGCCCUUCCCGACACCGCCGCCCUUCCCCGGGCGCGCCCCGGCGGUGGCACCCGUUGUCCCCCCCGCUGUCCCUCCCGCGGGCAGAGCCCCCGCUGCAGCCGGCCGCGCCUUCGAGCAGAGCAACUCUGAGGAGGAGGAGGAGGAUGAAGAGGAGGAGGAUGAAGAGGAGGAUGAAGAAGACGGCGCUGAGCUGGAGGACGGCACCGCGCUGCCCGGCCGGCAGAGCUGCUCUGCGCUGCCGUGUUUCCGCGCUCCCAAAGGUGCCCACGCCAAGGGCAGGGCGGGGUGCGGUGCCAGCCCCGCGCUGGGCACCCAGCAGGGCAGGGAGGAGCCGGGCACAGACCCCGCCCAGUGCUGCGCGGGCCCCGCGGGGCGCCCCGGCUGGCGCCCGGACGAACAGCUCAAACAGAACGGCGGCGGCAGCUGGAGCGACGAGGGCGACGGCGGCCGGGGCAGGGAGAUCUCCCGAGACUUUGCCAAGCUGUACGAGCUGGACAGCGACCCCGAGAGGAAGGAGUUCCUGGAUGACCUCUUCAUCUUCAUGCAGAAGAGGGGCACUCCCAUCAACAGGAUCCCCAUCAUGGCCAAGCAGAUCCUGGAUCUCUACAUGCUCUACAAGCUGGUGACAGAGAAGGGCGGGCUGGUGGAGAUCAUCAACAAGAAGAUCUGGAGGGAGAUCACCAAAGGCCUGAACCUGCCCACCUCCAUCACCAGUGCUGCCUUCACCCUGCGCACACAGUACAUGAAGUACCUCUACGCCUACGAGUGCGAGAAGAAGUCUCUGAGCUCCCCGGCCGAGCUGCAGGCCGCCAUCGACGGAAACCGGCGCGAGGGCCGGCGGCCCAGCUACAGCUCCUCGCUGUUCAGCUACUCGCCCUCCCCGCCGGGGCCUCCUUCCCUGCUGUCCCCCCCCAAAAUCCGCUUCCCCAUCAUCGGCGUGGCCGCGGGCAGCGCCUCCGGCAGCCCCCGCGUCUCACCGGCCCUCAGGAAAGGUGACGGCGUGCCCCUGACGGUGUCCAUGCCGAGCCGCGUGGCCGUGCCGGUGACACUGGGUGGCCAGCAGGCCACGGUGGCAGCCAGGACAGCCACGCUGGAGCAGCUGAGGGAGAGGCUGGAGGCGGGAGAGCCCCCAGAGAAGAAGGUGCCGCGCAUGACGGAGGAGGAGCAGCGGCUGGUGCAGCAGGCCCUGCAGCGCAACCUGUUCAGCAUGGCCCGGCAGGUCCCCAUGAAGAUCAAAAUCAAUGGGAAAGACAAGGCCGACUCGGCGGCGGCGGCGCUGAACCUGUCCCCGAACGGCAUCGGCAGCAUCAACAUGUCCGUGGAGAUCAACGGCACCACCUACGCUGGGGUGCUGUUUGCCCAGAAGCCCGUGGUGCAGCUCCUGGCCGGCUCGGGCACGCAGAGCUCGUGCAGCAGCAGCUCCAGCAGCAGCUCCAGCAGCUCCCACUGCUCCCCCAGCCCUACCUCAUCGCGGGGCACGCCCGGCGCAGAGCCCUCCACCAGCUGGUCCCUCUGACGGGCACUGCCCAGGAGUGCACACAUACCUCACCUCAAGGAACCUGCUCUCGUGGCUGCACAGCACCUGGAGGAUGAUGAUGAUGAUGGUGGUGGUGGUGGUGGUGGUGAAACCUUUCCAUGCCAGCGAGUUUUCCUUCAUCGUCUCUUUGUCCGGCCUUUUUUUGGCUUUGUUCCCCCUCCUUUCCUUCCUCCCUUUUGCUCUUUGGUUCCUCCCCCUCCUCCUCCUCGCAGGGUGUGUGGUGUUCCCAUGGAGGGGGGGGGCACACCUGGCGUUUCUCAAUCAGGGAUGGCUCUGGGGCCACAGCUCCUGGCCAGGACGUCACCAGGGCAGGGAAAGGGCCAGGACUGGGGCUGGGAACCCUGGUUCUGCUGGGAAACCUGGUUCUGGAGCCUUCUGGAGCCCUGGUUCUGUUGGGAGCCCUGGUUCUGCUGGGAGCCCUGGUUCUCCUGGAGCCCUGGUUCUCCUGGAGCCCUGGUUCUCCUGGAGCCCUGGUUCUGUUGGGAACCCUGGUUCUGCAGGAGCCCUGGUUCUGCUGGGAACCCUGGUUCUGCUGGGAGCCCUGGUUCUGCAGGAGCCCUGGUUCUGCAGGAGCCCUGGUUCUGCAGGAGCCCUGGUUCUGCUGGAGCCCUGGUUCUGCUGGGAACCCUGGUUCUGCUGGAGCCCUGGUUCUCCUGGAGCCCUGGUUCUCCUGGAGCCCUGGUUCUUCUGGAGCCCUGGUUCUCCUGGAGCCCUGGUUCUUCUGGAGCCCUGGUUCUGCUGGGAGCCCUGGUUCUGCUGGAGCCCUGGUUCUCCUGGAGCCCUGGUUCUGUUGGGAACCCUGGUUCUGCUGGAGCCCUGGUUCUGCUGGGAACCCUGGUUCUGCUGGGAACCCUGGUUCUCCUGGAGCCCUGGUUCUCCUGGAGCCCUGGUUCUGCUGGAGCCCUGGUUCUCCUGGAGCCUUGGUUCUGCUGGGAACCCUGGUUCUGCUGGAGCCCUGGUUCUCCUGGAGCCCUGGUUCUGUUGGGAACCCUUGUUCUCCUGGAGCCCUGGUUCUGCUGGGAACCCUGGUUCUGCUGGGAACCCUGGUUCUCCUGGAGCCCUGGUUCUCCUGGAGCCCUGGUUCUCCUGGAGCCCUGGUUCUCCUGGUGGCCCCUGGUUCUCCUGGAACCAGGGGCCACCAGGCCUCUUCCCACCCACAACUCCGUGUUUUGACAAUCCUGAGAGACGGGGGGUGCCCGGCCCUGUCCUCCCGUGGCAAUCUGCUCGUGUCCCUUCCAGCUGUGUCCCCAUGUCCUCAGGGGAGGCUCCUGAGCCUCUCUCCUACUCCUCUCCACGGUUCUGGCUCCAUCAGCUGCUCGGUUCUGGCUGGUGCCACCUCACCCCUCGAGUCCUGAGUGUCCCUGAGGAGUGACACAGGGCCUGGGCGUGUUGGGGUUCCACGUUCCCCCCUCUGUCCCCAUGGCAGAGUCACUCAGGUUGGUGCAGGCUCCCUGGAGCAGCUCUGGGAGCUCUGCAGGGCUGCAGGUGGGGUGGUUAAUGUGGGCACAAACCCCCUGCCGUGGUACCCGAGCAGGGGAGACCUUCUGCUCCCAGGGAGGAGCAGAGCCCAGGGAAUCCAGCCCUUCCUGGCCCUGGGAGCCCUGGCUGGAAGCAGAGCUCCCUGUCAAUCAGCUGCUCAGGUGCUGUCCCCCUGUCCCUCUGGCCUUUCCCCAUGCCCUGCCCUGGUGCCACCCCUGCCAUCCCUCCUGCCCCGGUGACGUCCUUCCCGUGCUGCAGGCCCGAGUCAGGUUUUUUGAGCAGAUGAAAUACCUCAGAUAUGUACUUGUUGGGUUGCUUUUGUUUGUGUUGGGUUGGUUGUUUUUUUUUUAACCUCUUCAGGAAGUAUUGGCAUAUCCUAUCGCUUGGGGGUUUUCAUAGGUGGGUUUGCUGACUUUAUGUUUGCUUUUAUUUCUGUUGGCUUUUAAACGCAUCACCAAAGACAGGGAGCUCAGACAAGGCUGAGCAGAGGAGCAGUGGCUUCCCCACCCUCCGAGAGCCCAUCCCAGGACAUGUGCACGGCAGGACAGCAGGGCAGGGGUGGCCCUGCCCCUUGUUGGACCUGUGCGUUGUCCUCGUUGUCCUCGCUGUCACAGCCCCUGCUGCUUCCUGCCCCGUGCCGCGCUGUCCUGCCCCCGCAGCCCCCAGGGCUCUCUGGGAUCGGGAGGUGGGGAUGUCCUGGCAGGGAGGGAGGGAUGCUGCUCCGCGUGUCUCCAGCUGCCCUCCCUGUGGGCGGGGGAAGCCGGCCUGACCCGCAGGCUCCUUCCAUCCUCACAGACUCCCAGAGGAUUUUCCAGCCUCUGGGACUCAAUCAGAUUAUUUCCCCCCCCCCCCCCUUUUUUUUGGGGUUUUCUUUUGGUUGUUUUAUUUUAUUCUUGGGUGGGCUUGGGCUGUUUCCUCUGAGUGGGACUGGGGCACUUUCUGCUUUUCCCUCUGCUCUGCUCCCUGGCCCCGGGGAGCAGAGGCUGCUCCGGGGUGGGGCUGCUUUGUCUCACUUGCUAACGUUGUGUUUUCUUGCACAGAAAGGCACUCGAAUCACUGAACUGCUUGGACACUACUAGAGUAUUAAUGUUUAUAAGCUUUACUCAACCUAGACUGGAACUAGCCAGGGACUAACAGAUUGUUUUGUAUCCAAUUCAGGGAAAGAAUCAGGUCGGGAAGCGUAACAGAUACCUCAGUUAAAUAAGCUGCAACAAUAAACCGGUCCUUUUCCCAGCCCGGGGUGACAAGGACCGUCCAGACUGUGAAGAGUUAACCCUUUCCCUCAGCCUGGCUUUGGCCCUGGCAGCCUGAGCUGCGGGUCUCCUGCUGAGCUGCCAGGCUUUGGGUGUAGGGGGUGCUGGAAACCAGCAGCAGAGCGGGGAAGGCCGAGCGGGGGCUGCCCCAGCCCCGUGUCGUACUCAGGGUUUGAUGCUGCCGGCAGGACGUUCCCGAGGGCAGCGCUCCGUCCUCCCCCAGCUCCUCACACCAGCCAAAAAGCCCCGGGCAGCCCCCAGCUUGCUCCCCCGGCGCUUCCCGGGGGGCAGAGCCAGCCGAGCCUGCUCCCGGGGCUGCGGGGAGGGCAGCAGGGUGGGUGGGGUGAGGGGAGGCUGCGUGUGCCUGCUCCUUCCCAGGGGACUGCGGUCAGAUGUUCUCUCCAAACAGCUGCAGCAGCCUUGCUAACUAGUUUUCUUACCUAUUUAAAAGAGAAAAAAAAAAAAAAUAAAAUAAGUAAAUAAAAACAAAUGUGAUAGCCUAGGCGGUUGAUAAAUACCUCAACGUCUCCUUCCAACAAGUGUCUGUAUAUGUUGUUGUUGGGUUUUUUCUAUCUUACAGGUUAUCUGAAUGUUUAUAUUCCAAUAAACUUCUACCUCUUCA